AUGGUUAACAAUUUUAUUAUUUUGAUUCUAUUCACAAAUUUGUUUGAGUUUGUCAAAUUAUUAAAUGAGGAUAAUGAUCGAUUAACAAUCUCCUUGCUGAAUGAUGGCGAGAAUUCUUCGUCUUCCACAACGUCUACAGAAUUGUGAGUCUAGAGAGGUUUUUUUGUUGGAUAAUUCGAUUAAACUCAGAGAUUAUUCAAUUAUUGUUUCUUUUUCUCAAGAGAUAAAAGUGCAUGUUUGUUUUCCAGAGCCGAAUUGGAAUCCAAUGUUCCACUUGCAAAUUUCGAUAAAAAUGAGCUAGAACGAGCUCUUUUAACAAGUAAGUGUUCAAUUUCACCAAGACGCCAAAAAAUAAUAAAAAAUUCUGUCUUGUCAUUCAUUUUAUCCCCAUCGGUAUAAAAAUUGAAUAGAAUUCAUUUUUUUUCUUGGCUAACACAACAGAAAAAUGAAACAUUUCACAGCACUCGUAAUUUUUCUAUUCGAUUUGUGUGAAUUGUCUUUUUUCUCAACUAUGCAUAAAGAAAGGGGAAAAACGAAAGAAAAAACGAGGAAGCAAAAAAUUUGAGAACAUGUUUUUGUAAUAAUAAAUAAUGAUGUUGUUACAUACUUAUUAUUGUCUCAGGGGACCAUAUGAAAAAAGAGUUGGGAGGUUUUUAAAGGGGGAACCUUUUUUAGGGAACAUAGACUGAAAGAUAACGACGAUUCUGGAAUUUUUAAUGUUUUUUUUUAUUUUUUCAAAAAUUAUCAUUGAUUUGCAGCCGGUUUAUAGAGAAAAAACCCUUGAGCAAACCGUCUGAGAAUUACAUAUUUUUCCAGAAGUAUCGAUUGAUAUGACAGAAGAAUCAUUAUACCGUACUCUGCUCAACACAUCAGUAUACGAAAAAGAUGUUCGUCCUUGUCUACAUCACACACAUUCUACAAAUGUCACAUUUGGUUUUUUGCUCAAUCAAAUCGUCGAAAUGGUUGGUUUUAUAUUUUUUUGUGUUCUUUCAUAUUUUUCAAUGUCUGUCACAUUCUUUGUUUUUUGUCGCAAAAUAAGAAAUAAGAGAUUAAAGGGAUUUUGUUUAUUAGCUUUAUUCGACAAAAAUACCCCGUCAUAAAAAUAUUUUUAAUCAAAACGGGUAAUUAGAAUACUUUUUUCGUGUGUGAAGGAAGAUGAAUAAGGAAGGAAGGACGGAAGGAAAAUGGAAUGAAAUAGAGAAUAAAAUAGAAUGGAAUUGAUUAUUAUUUAUUUAUAUGUUUAGUUGAAUGGAGUUUGAAUUUUAUAGUGCUCAAGAUAUACUUUACGUCAGAUCAAAAGUUGGAGGAACGUUUUGUUUUGAGAAUUUUUGAUUAGACUUAUUCAGUAAAUAUUCUUGGAAUAGAUUUGAACUUUUUUGUUUGAGCACAUUCAAGAUGUUCAUUUUUUUUCUCAGUAAUGAAAUCACAAUAAUUCUGUAAAAUAUCCUGUGAAACAUAAAAAAUUUCAAAAUGUUUCAUUUGAUUUUGAAAGAAAAUUUUAGUAGAACACGUUUCUCAAUAUUUUCAAAAUUCUCCAAAACUUUGUCAUGUCAAAGUUUAUCAAACGCCUUUUUUCUAAAUUUUCAUCGUAUAAAUGUUUUCAGGACGAACGAAAUCAAGCUCUGAUAACCCGAAGUUGGCUCAACAUAAACUGGUUGGAUCAUCGUUUAUCGUGGAACGAAACUCGUUGGUCGCAUAUAAAAGCAAUAUAUAUUCCACACUCACGAAUCUGGAAACCUGAUAUAAUCUUGGUGAACAAGUAUGUUCUGAUCUCACAAAAUCUCAUUUCCUUUCUUUCCCUUAUUGGUAGGCGAAAAAAAAGAAAAAGAAGGGAAGAAACCUAAUUUCAGCAAAACGAAAAAUGUUUUCUUUCUUGUGUUUUUCGACGGAACUUUUUCAUAACAUAACUAGGGCUAACUAUGUAUUUGAGACCUCGUUUUUUUCGCCUCAAUUUUUUUUGUUGUUGUCGCGACAAACAAACACGAACAUUUUGCAUGCAAAUUAGUAUCAGUUUUUCUUUUCUCCGAAACUAAACGACAAAAAGAUUUAGAAAAAAAACGAGAAUCGCUUGAGGCACAACUUUUCUUCAAAAUUACUCUUUUUUUCGCGGCUCUUCCACAUGCAAAAAAGUGCAUUAAUUGACCAAUCAAAUUGUUGAACUCUUGAAGAAGUGCAUCAAUAAAAUGGAAUAGAAUCAAGUAUGCAAAUUCAAGUUCCGAUAGAAGAAAAAGUUUUGGGUUUUUUUGGGAAUAAGAAAUGCAACAAAACAUGUGGACCUUUUCAAAAAAUCAAUGAGAACAAGGGACGAAUGUUUGAAACAGGAAACAAUUCAAAGCCGAAGUUCUCUUCGGAUCUAGUACCCAGAACUUGCUUUUCUGUAUUAUUUUUAACAUCACCAUCUUGCUAUUUUGAAAACAACAUUUUUUCCAGCGCCAUCCGAGAAUACUAUGCCUCUCUAGUUUCUACAGAUGUUAUGGUUACAAGUGAUGGAAAUGUGACUUGGUUAUUCUCCGCAUUAUUCAGGAGUUCUUGUCCAAUCAGAGUUCGAUACUAUCCUUUUGAUGAUCAGAAAUGUGAAUUGAAAUUUGCAUCGUGGUCCCAUGAUUUAUCGGAAAUAAAUAUUGGAUUGAAUACAGAUCGGGGAGAUUUGUCAAGUUAUAUGAAUAACAGUGAAUUUGAUUUGGUUGAUAUGACAGCGGUUAGACAUGUUGCUCAUUUUCCAUCCGAUGGAAAAAUGUAUUGGCCGACUAUUGUUAUUACAAUUCAUAUGCAUCGUAGACCUUUGUUUUAUGUUUUCAAUCAUGUGGGUUUUUUUUUACGUUAGCAAUGGUUUUUUUUAGAAAUGUCAGAAUCUUUUUAAAAAAAUGGAAUUAUUGUUUUCUGAAAACCAAGAUUUUGAUAAAAUUGUAUUUUUCAACAAAAAGUCUUAAGAAAAACUCUACCAUUUUUCAGAUUGUCCCUUGUGUUUUAAUUUCUUCAAUGGCAGUUCUUGGUUUCUUGAUGCCUCCAGAAACUGGUGAAAAAAUCAAUAUGAUAAUCACCACUUUAUUGUCAAUGGGGGUCUACUUGCAAUCAAUCACAGAAUCAAUUCCUCCAACUUCAGAGGGUGUACCUUUGAUUGGUAAAACACACACCGCAUUAAAAACUAGUGUUUCAAUUUUUCCAGGAAUGUACUACGUGUCUUCUUUGUUAAUGGUGUGCUUGGCAACGUGUGUAAAUGUGAUAACCCUAAAUAUGCAUCGGAACGGUGCAGCAAAUCAGGGAAGACACGUUCCUGCUUGGAUGCAAAAAUGGAUAUUGGGAUAUUUGGCAACAUUUAUGAGAAUGUCAAUUCGAGAACCGGAUAGUAUUGCAUUACUGAAAUCUUCGCAAAGUAAAAAAUCGACAAUUCGUCGAAGUUCAAUUUUACGCGAUUUGAAACGUGUCAAAAACAUGGCCAAUGUGAAAGGGAAAAAUCCUAGUGAAGAUAAAAAACAUGAAGAUUGUGAAUGUAUGGAUCCAUUAGUUGUGAGUUUUUUUCUGUUGAAAUUCUAGUGAAAGCUUCAAUGUUUCAUACUUUUCAAAUGAUGACAUAAUUUCAGCACAUUUAUGCGGAAAGUAUAAUUGGUUCACUUGUUGAAUCAAAAUCUUGCAUGAAUGGCUCGGCUAAACGUGAAGAUUUUGCAAGUGAAAGUGCCUUUCUAGGAAAAGUUGUCAGUGAUGGGGUAAGUUUUCAAUUUCUUGUUUCUUUCUGAAAAACUAUAUCUUGAAAAUUUUAGCUUAUGCCAAGAAUCAGCGCAUCUUCAAAUACAGUUUUAUCCGAAUUCGAGUCAAGGUUUCGAAGGAUUUUGAAAAGAGUAUAUCGAAGUUUGCAGCAACAUGAGAUUCGUGAAGAGGUAUGUCCCUAUUUCUUUUUGGAAAAAAUAUUUUCAAGCAAAAUCUAAAACAAAAAAAACUAAAUUAAAAUCACUCAAAAAUUCAAUUUGCCUUGAUAUUCAAAAAGUGAAUGAAGAAUAAGGAAAAUAAAACAAUUUCAAGGCUCAUCAAUUUUUUGGGUACUGUAGUUCUUUUGAAAAUAUGCGGCUAGAAACAUUGUACUACCAUAGGUAUUUUUGAAAACAAUGAAAAGUUCUGUAUCGCCUUAGGAAUGUUGAAAUAAGAUCUUCAAAAUUACAAUAAAAAACUUUCAGAUUCUUGACGAACGUUCCCGUAUUCAGUGGCAAUGGCAACAAUUGGCAUCAGUCGUUGAUCGCCUUUUAUUAUGCCUUUUCUGUACAGCAACUCUUUUCACAAUCAUUUGUCUUCUAAUUGUUCCUGUAGCCUACCGUGAUAACGAUUCAAUAUUUUCGUACUUCAACUCCGUUCUUCUCAAAACCUAA